UUUGAUUGCGCCACGCUUGGCGAUGCUGGGAAAAGCACCGUGGCUGAAAACUUUGGGAAAAAUGGAAAAAGCAACAGGCGCUAAUGUUUUAUCCGUGAAUCCUCUGGAGGUAUAAGAAACAACAACGAUGGACCCACAUGUUUUCUUCCAGAAGCUGCUUUUCACCUGACAAUGCUGUCGAAGAAGGGAAACACGCAGACUGUCUCUAACUUCCAUUGAAAGUAAAUUUACUCAUGGAGAAAGAAGAAAGUCUGGAGUCAUGAGCACAGGUGUGAAGAAGCCUCCAUUAGCUCCCAAACCUAAACUCCCUGCUGCCAGCAAGCCCUCCCCCCCUCCCAUUGCCCCCAAACCAGGUCUUCUCCUCUCCCAACCUUCUCCUACCACUCACAAGAGGACAAAACCGGCUGUUGCCCCCAAACCCCACAUUCCCAAAUCCACAGCCUCUCCCCCUCCUGUUUCACCCCCACAACCCAAACCUAGUGAGACCCUUAUCCUAUCUACGGAGCAGCAGGAUGCCUUAGACAAUAGCCUCUCGCUCCUCAACUCCAGAAAUGGGAUUUUAUCAGAGACUACCAAACGGGAAUCAGAUUACAUCAUACCCACUGACUCCUGUGGGCUUGAGGACUGCCUGGAAAACGGAUCCUUACCAGAGCCUAGGAGUGAUUUGCACAAAGAGUUUCUGCAAAAUGGGAUUUGUACAGAAGGAUUCACGGGGUCGAAGCCACAGAAGGCUGUCGAUGAGGGGGUAACUCCGGAGAAGGGUGAAGGUGGGGAGAUCAGCAAAAAGCCCAGGGAUAAACCUCAAAGACGGAGACACCUGGAUAGGAGAGUGGAAAACAAAGUGUCGCAGAGAACUGAGGAGCAGGGGGGGAAGACCUCAGACACUGUAAGACAUCAGGAAGGUGCUGUUGUUGAGCCUGAUGUACAGACUGAGGCCUAUAACACACAUGUAACUGACUCUAGUUCAGCCUGUGAUGUUGCAGGCAGCAUCAUAUUCCUCUCAAGCGUCAGCGCUCAUGAACCAUCUGCUGAAGCUGUGGAGCCUAACAGUUGCUCGCCAUCUUCCAGGGUGCAUGACCUGCUGGUCCCAGCCGCCCCCUGUAAGCCUCUCCCAGUUCCUCACCCACGGAGGCUGAAGAAGCCAGCCCUGGUGAGGCAGGAUGGCGUGGAGGUCAGCGCCCAGGAUCACGCAGUGGCAGAACAAAGACAGGGGCAAGAGGCGGAGAUGAAACAGAGCCCGUCUCUCAGUUCAGAGGAGGAGCUCAAACGGGACGCGAGUGACGACCUGUCGGCCCAGAGGGAGUCUGGAGGGGGAGACGAGGUGACGGACGCGCCCGUCCCGCCUCCCCGUCAGACCUCCCUAUCACCUCGCCUGCACAGAACCGCUCACGCUCCCUCCUCGCUCGACAAGAACACCUCCCAGUCGCUACACCUGCUCUCUCAGCUCGCCUCGACGGGCCACCAGAAGGAGAGCGAGGGGGGACGGUUGGAGGAUGACGAGGACGGGUACGGGGACUUCGAGUGGUACCCGAUCGCUCACAGCCUCCCCAAGCAGAUCAAACUCGGCUGCACCCCUCCACUGGCUAACGUGAAGAAGGCCCUAUCCGCUGAGGAGCAGCAGUCGCAGAGGGCACCACCCAGAAAGCCUCAGAGACACAGCCUGCCAACUCCCCCUCCACCCUCCAUCUGCCCCCCGGCGCCUCCACACGCCAACACCCCCAUGAGGGAGCUGCCUGCACCUCCUCAGGAGAAAACACCCUGGCGCUUCACACGGCCCUACGUGACCUUUUUCAGCCGCCAGAUGCCCACGAGGAGCAGCGUGCCACCAAAGAGCCGGGUUCCGGUGCUGGGGGGCAAGCAGAGGGCCCAGUCCUUCUCUGCGGCAGACCUGGCAACCCGGGACAACUCUCAAAAGAGGAGCCUCUCCUUCCGGAAGCUGCUGGAGCUCAGACUGUCUGUGAAGAUGCUGCCAAAGCUGCUGGUCAAGGGAGGGCAGUCACUGGACUGCACCACGGUGGAGUCUCACCCGGGGGAGCGGGGUCUGGAGCGGCCUGCUAGCUGCAUGGGUGAGGCGGACUUCUGUGGCGAAGACGGAGAGGGAUCGGUGGAGUACGAGAACGUGCCUCUGUACGAGGAGAUCCCAGAGUAUAUGAAUCUGCCGUUCCACAGCGCCAGGUUAGGCUGGCCACAAGAUGGAGGCGACUCAGACAUCUACGAAGUCCAGGAUCCGUACCGCAGAUGCCCAGACCACGAAUACGAGAGUGGCUGGCUGACGCAGGACGUCCACUCCGAGGAGGACGAGCCCCACAGUUCCGACGAAGACGACAGCUCCACCUCCAGCAAGGAGCACCUGGACGAGGCAGACAGACAGCAAGAGGACGAGAUGAAGAGGAAGAAGGUGGUGCACAUCGCCCAGGAGAUAAUGAGCUCGGAGAAAGUAUUUGUGGACGUCCUGAAGCUUCUUCACAUAGAUUUUCGGGAUGCUGUUGCCAAGGCAACCCGCCAGAAUGGGAAGCCCGUGGUGGAUGAGCGGAUCCUCAGUCAGAUCCUGUAUUACCUCCCUCAACUUUACCAGCUCAACAGAGACCUGCUGAGGGAGCUGGAAGAGAGAGUGGCACACUGGAGUGACCACCAGAUGCUUUCGGACAUAUUUGUUCAAAAGGGUCCUUAUCUGAAGAUGUACUCCACCUACAUUCGUCAGUUCGACAACAAUGUGGCUCUGUUGGACGAGCAGUGCAGGAAGAACCCUGCGUUCGCUGCGGUCGUCAAGGAGUUUGAGAUGAGUCCUAGGUGUGCUAGCCUGGCUCUGAAACACUAUCUGCUGAAGCCGGUUCAGAGGAUCCCUCAGUACCAGCUGCUGCUCACAGAUUAUCUGAAGAACCUUCCUGAGGACUCGGAGGAUUAUAAAGACACACAAGCUGCCCUCAGUAUAGUGAAGGAGGUGGCCAAUCAUGCCAAUGACAUCAUGAAACAAGGGGAUAACUUUCAGAAACUGAUGCACAUACAGUACAGUCUCAAUGGUCACCAUGAGAUCGUCCAGCCUGGCAGGGUGUUUUUGAAGGAGGGCACGCUGAUGAAGUUGUCCAGGAAAGUCAUGCAGCCUCGGAUGUUUUUUUUGUUUAAUGAUGCACUCAUGUAUACCACGCCGGUCCAGUCUGGCCAGUAUAAACUCAACAGUGUCCUCUCUCUGGCUGGAAUGAAGGUGAGUAAGCCGAGCCAGGAGGCCUAUCAGAACGAGCUCAACAUCGAAAGUGUGGAACGCUCCUUCAUCCUGUCAGCCGGGUCUGCUACAGAGAGAGAUGAGUGGCUGGAGGCCAUCGCCAAGGCAAUAGACGAUUACACUAAGAAGAAAAUUACCUUCAUAUCCAGUCGAAGCCAGGAGGAGCAGGCGGAGGGGGUCGUUGACAGCGGAGCUCCGUUGGGGUCCAAAGCUCCAAUCUGGAUCCCGGACCUGAGAGCCACCAUGUGUAUGAUCUGUACUUGCGAGUUCACUCUCACCUGGAGGAGGCAUCACUGUCGAGCCUGUGGAAAGGUGGUGUGUCAGGCCUGCUCCGCCAAUAAGUACUACCUGGAGUACUUGAAGAACCAGCCAGCUCGCGUGUGUGAUCACUGCUUUGCCAAACUACAGGAAAACAGCGACCGAUGUGCCUCAACGUCAGUUUCUCCUAUUAAGUCCGGCGCUUUCUCCUUCACCAGAAAACAGAAGAAAAUUCCUGCUGCACUAAAAGAGGUGUCUGCCAACACUGAGAAUUCCUCCAUGAGCGGCUACUUAAACAGAUCCAAAGGCAACAAGAAGCAGUGGAAGAGGCUGUGGUUUGUCAUUAAAAACAAAGUCCUGUACACCUAUGCUGCCAGCGAGGAUGUUGCGGCAUUGGAGAGUCAACCACUGCUGGGAUUUUUCCUGAGAGAGGAGAAGAACGGUCCGGCUCAGAAGCUGCAGUUUAAACUGUACCACAAAAACACACUGUUCUACAUCUUUAAGGCUGACGACAUCCCCACCGCCCAGAGAUGGAUUGAAGCUUUCCAAGAGGCAAUGAUUCUUGAACAGUAAUCACCUUCUAGGCAGUAAAUUAAAAAAUCAGCCACAGAGCCAAGUAAAAGACAACUUAUGACUGCUGACUGAUCUCAGGUCAGCGGCCGUCAGCUCAGGAAGGACUCUGGAAGGACUACUUAAACAAAAACACCACAGACUGUUUGUGAAAGCCAGAGGCUUUUCCCUCACAUAACUGGAUCUGUUUGUCUCGGAAUGAGCUCUGCCAACAGCUGCUGAUGCUCAGCGCUACUGGCAGGGGUCUGAGCAAACGGCGAGCCGCAGCUGCAGGUCAAAGUUCAAGUACAGAAGCAUGCAUGUGGAAGUGAGACCAAACAGUUGUCAGGGCCAUAAAGGUUGAAAAACCCUCGGAAGCUUGGGAGUGAUUUUAUAAAUGGAUGAAGGAGUUGUUCUGUUGUCCUAUGUGUCAGUCCACCUUCAUUCCAUCACAUUUCCAGUAAGUGAUUAAAGAACAAUGUGAGGAAAAUACUGAAAAUGCUGAGAAUCAUAGAUUCAAAGUUAUGUCUGCUCAAGAGUUUAACGUUCAUUUAACUGUGAAAUCAGGCUUCUACAAAGAUACAGGAAGUUUCUGUUCUCUCUGAUCUCUCUGGUUUAGAGAUUUUACUCCUGUAUUUUUUAAUUUAAUUGUGGCUUAGGAAGAAAUCCUGGAGGAAAAAUCAAUCUGGAGGAAACUGGAAAUGUCAUAAAUAAUGUAGAUAUUUACAUACAAUACAAUAGAUUCUUGCCUGUUUUGCUACUUUAGGAAAUUUUAGUGUGUAAAACUGUGUACAGUAUAUGCACAUAAGGAAAGCAACAUUGAUGUUUUUUAUAUCAAAGCCAAGAGCUAAUAUUUAUAAAAUAGGAAGAUUUAUUGUUUAAAAGCACAGGCUGCCACUAAUUGUGUAAGUCAGGGUUUGUUUUCCCUCUAUUUUAAAGAAGACUUCUUAAAGAAAAGGGGCUUUUUAUGAGCAAAACUGUUGACAGUAUGCAUGAACUAUAUUUCUAGGGUAAAGCUCAAAACAUUUUGUAUUUUGAUGCUUCUUUCUGCAAACAUUUUGCCUUAUUUGGGAUAUAUUGCAAUAACAUAGGUGCUCUGUUGUACAUUCUUCACUAAAUAAGAACCAAGUUAAGCCUCUAACUUGCAUGACUACUCACUGUAGUGCCUCUGUAGUUCUAAGAGCAGUAAUUUAUCAGGUCAAUUUUGUCUUGGGUUCUUUUUCGUAUAACGCCCUUUUCCAUCACAACAGAUUAGAUGGUUAUACAGUUGGAAUAAAGCUGUCGAUAAUAUGCUGUUGUAACUGUUGUUGUCACACAUUUCCAUUUAAGUCUCAUUCAGUUUCAGGCUACUGAGGUAUAAAUUUGCUAAAUAUUUGUACAUUAAUGUCUGGAAACGUCCACACUAUCAGAGUUCCUAUGAACAGUGUUCUAAACUGUCAGGCAACAGUUUUAAAUAAAAAAUAUAGCAAUA